GCCUACCAAGCGCGCAGCAGCAGAGAAUCCACUUGCGUCAUAGGCCUUUUGACUAGCCUACCCCAUUUACAUGCUUCAAAUGUAAUAAGAGAAAAGUGAGAGCGCGGUGGUAGGAAGAGAACGAGGGAGGGAGAGAGCGAGGAAAAAAGUUAGCAUAGAGAGGCAAGACAGUACUGGCGACUGCUGCAGUCUCACUAAUGUUUGCUAUAAAAGUAUUUUCCUCGAGUUUAUUUCUCCCCUCCCUCAUGUCAUCAUUAUUUUGAAGAUAAAUUGUCUUCGCAAAGGAGAGACCUGAACACAACAUGGAGCUCCUCUGCCUCGAGAAGGACACAGUCGUCAGAGCUCAGCAGGACCCAAACCUUUUCUUUGAUGACAGAGUAUUGCAAAGUCUGCUAACUAUUGAAGACAAGUUUCUACCCCAGUGUCCAUACUUUAAACACUUUCAGCAGGAUAUUAAGCCGUUUAUGAGGCGGAUGGUUGCCACUUGGAUGCUGGAGGUUUGUGAAGAAGAGAGCUGCGAGGAAGAAGUUUUCCCUUUGGCAAUCAACUAUUUGGAUAGAUAUUUAGCAGUGGUUAAGACGAAAAAGGGCUGUUUGCAGCUUCUUGGAGCUGUAUGCCUGUUUCUUGCAUCGAAAUUAAAAGAGUCUCGGCCAUUAACUGCAGAAAAACUCUGCCUCUACACAGACAAUUCAAUCACAUCACAAGAGCUCCUGGACUGGGAGCUGGUAGUGCUGGGGAAGUUGAAGUGGAACAUGGCAGCUGUCACCCCACACGACUUUAUCGAGCACAUCUUACACAAGCUGCCCCUCCCCGAGGACAAGCUGUCGCUCAUCCGGAAGCACGCACAAACCUUCAUCGCUCUCUGCGCGACAGAUUUCAGCUUUGCUAUGUACCCACCCUCCAUGAUCGCCACGGGCAGCGUGGGUGCUGCUGUCUGUGGCCUCCAGCUGGACCGGACCGACCGGAUGCUGCACGGCGACAACCUGUCCGAGUUGCUGGCCAAGAUCACUAACACGGAGGUGGACUGUCUGAAGUCCUGUCAGGAGCAGAUUGAGCAGCUGUUGCGGAGCAGCCUGCGGGAGAGCCAGGAGAGGCAGCAGCGUCAGCAGCAGGAGGCCCUUAACCGGGCAGCCAGCAAAGGUGUGGACCCCCAGAGUCAGUCCAGCACCCCCACAGACGUCCGCGACAUCAACCUCUGAGCCCUCCCACCCCCCCCCCCCCCCCUCUCCAGUUCUCUUCCCAUCCAGCAUUGCAAUCCAGCAGCUGGAGUGUUUUCUCCUAAUGAAAGAGAAUAGUUUUAAUUUAGGUUAUUUUAUUUUAUUUUAUUUUAUUUUUUUAAGAACCCGCAUAAUAAGCCUGUGACUCACAAUAGCAGUGCAAGUAAUCAGAAUUUUGGAUAAGACAUCAAUUUCACAUAUAUACUUCUAUAUAUAUUUUUGAAUGAAAUCUGAAGACUUGAUUGCACCUCAGGUGAACAGACAGGAAAGCUACCGACGGCAUACUUGAAAUUACAUGGAAACUGUAUGAAAAGAGUCAAAUAUGAAAUAUGUAUAGCGACAAAAGAAAAUGGGGGCAAACAUUGGUUGGGUGUCCAAUGGUAAUAGAUUUUAUUUUAUUUCCAUAAUGUAUUGUGAAAACAAAUGUGUUAUGAUUAUGAUUUAUUAUUAUUACUAUUAGAAUUAUUAUUGCUAAUAUUAGAAUUAUUAUCAUUUAAUAUUAUUAUUAUUAUUAUUAUUAUUAUUAUUAUUAUUAUUAGCGCUAACAUAUAUUCUGAAGUAAUGUGAUGCAUGCAUUCAGCUAUGCAAAUGCCUUGGAGCAGCAUUUAUGAGCAGGCGUAUACAGCAACGAGGGCUCACCCAGCUGCAGAGCUGACUCUUAUUUAAGCUGUUUAGUGCUGGACAGGGGAGGGCUGGGCCCUCUCAGAUAAGAGAGGGAUAGAGAGCAAGUGUGAAAGAAAGAGGAGUGGGAGGCUAACUGGUGGAAAGGAACGAGAUGGUGUGAGAAAUGAGUAGUGGAGGAAGGUGGAUAAGUGACUAAACAGCCCUUACGUUAGGAUUGAAACAAUCAAUCUAUUUGUUAUAUAUAUACGAUUGAUUGAAUUUGAGUUAUUUUUUAUGUUUUUUUUUUUUCUCUCUUUCUCUGUGUAAUCAUAUUGUAGUGCCUGUGAUGGGUGUGCUACUCACAGGGGAUAUAUGCAAUUCGUACAGCUCUGUUAAUGUUUAGCGUACGCCCAGUGAUGUUGUGCUAUUGAAAUGAAGGCCUAUGCUAGGUUGGACGAGGGAAUGGGCAGGUGACUACACAGGCUCAAGAGUGGGAUAGAGGAUUGUGGCUUUGAUUGUGGCUUUGUUCUGGACAUCAGAACACUGAACUUGAAGAUGAUUGACAGGGUGUGAGCAUGUAAGCAUUUAAGGACUGAGAACGACUUCUUUUUCUUUUUUUCUUUUUUUUUUUUGAGGAGGAAGUAGGGUUCAUUUCCAGUCCUUGUUAGUUAUAUGAGGAUUAUUCAUUGUGUUUCAUGAACGCAGAUGAAUCAGAAGAACAGUAACCGAUAGCUGUGCGCUAGCUCCUGCAUAGUUUGGCUGCUGUUUUUUUUUUUUUUUUUAGUUUCUGUUUGUGGCAGUGAUUACGAGGGAACCAUAAUAAGUGUGCUGGAUCAUUUAUUCCCUAGUUUUCUUCAUGUUUGCAGUUGAUCCUUCAGUCACAGGCCAAAUGCGGAAAAUGUAUCAACACAAAUGCACUUUUAAAGAAAAAAAAAAACAAAAAAAAAACAACACAUUCCCUAAGGGGCCAAGGAAUAGUUUGAAUUUUAAAAAGGUUUUGGAGGGGUGUUUGUUUUUUUAUAUUUUCAUUAUUCUUUCUUUCUUUUAAAUUAUGCUCUUUUUCUGGGCUGGUAUCCCACCUAAGGCAUUCCCAGGCAGAGUAGAGUGCGGGUAAACCACAGCAUAGGUAUUCAAAUUUCUAGACCAAAAUCAAUUUUAGAACAAGCUUUCCUUGCGAUGUAUGUCUGUGUUGCGCAUUGUUCAUUGUUAAAAGUGUUCAUUGACUUGAAUGUUAGUUUUGCCUGCUUCUCAGCAGAUUUGACCAAUUUAAGGCUGACUUGUUGGCCACUUUCCCGCCUAUUUCUUCUUUUUUCCUCUGUGAAAUUGAGGCUUUGUCUACCAUAAAAAAAAAUCCCUUUAUUUGAACAAUGUGGUUCAGUGGUGGCAUGCACUGCCUUACCUUUUCUAUGUGCGCUAUGUAAUCUUAAGUAAUACAAGGAAGGAAAAUCAAAAUACAGCUAGCUGCCAUUGCUUUAAAAGAACCAAGCGCGUGGACAUGCUUUUGUGUCGUCUUCACACUGCCAGCUCAGGUUGUGUCUUCCAUACAAAAGGGGCAUGCUUAUGUUUUUUUUUGUGUAUGUUUGUGUGUGUAUGUGGGUGUGUAAGUGUGUGUGUGUGUAUUUCUUCUGGACAUGUCGGUGUGUGUUAGCAUGCUCGUGCAGUUGAGUUCCAUGAUCAGUUGACCACAUGAUCAGCUGUAGUGUCUUUACUUUGCUUUGCUAAAGACCAAAGGCUAUGAGUGAAAAGUCUCUUGCUCUUCCUUUCUCUUUUGUAUUACUCUGUAUUGAUACUCUGUAUUUUGUAUUUAAUUUUCCUCCCUACGCUGCUAAAACUGAAAAGCUAUUCUUUGUCCAAUAACACACACAUACACUCACACAGACACCAACACGCACUCACACAUAUACACCGGCAUUUAACUUAACACAGGUAGACCUAAAUAUGUCCACAUACUCAGACACAUAACAUUUCCUACCUGUAAUAUUUCACUUUUAUGUGUGCUGCUAUUUUAUACAUAUAUGUAUAUAGUUUUUUUGUUUGUUUCUUUAGCUUUUAUUGGUUGCUGUCAGUGGAAGCAGAGAAGGUUUUAAGGGUGCGGAGCAGACCUUGACUGGAAGUGCUUUGCUCACGUGGCUUAUUGGAAGGAGGCAUGUUUCUUUUCUGCUCCUGCUGUCCCCUGCCGUCUUUGUCCUUCUUCCCUUCGGUCCUCACUGUGUCCAAGCGAGUGUUCCAGACACCACCGCUGGUCACAUGGACAUGAGAAAAAAAAAGACAAAACAAACAAAAAAAAACAACAAAAAAAACAAUGUUAGACAGAAGCUUAGAAUGCUUAGAAAGCUCUCUGUCGCCGCCAUACCUCACAAAUCUCAGUUGUUUGUUUCAUUUUUUUUUUUUAUUAUUUUGCUGAGAGCAGGGACUGUUGGGAAACCUCCAUUUCCCAGGUAAUUGUUCUAUGUUAGAGAGCAAUAGUCACUCACAUGUCAUGCUUCUAAUCAGGUUUGCAUCAAGAAUCAGUGUGGGUAGAGGGACCAGCACUGUCACCCCCCCUACUUCAACGAACCUGUACUGGCGGCAGAGGCUUGCUAGUCCUGUCUAUACUUUACCAGGUGCUAAGUGCGAGUCUGGGGCAACGGAAAUCAUAAUUAUUAUAUAUAUUAUAUUUUUUUAUUUUGGAUUUUUUUUCCUUCGUAAUUGGUUUCAGAGAACAGUGUUGGUUUCACCCUGAUCCCCCUCACCCCACCCCACCCCACCACCACUGUAAACAUCAUGUACCUCAAUAGUGUAUGUUCUCUGUUCAAUAAAAUUUUUCCAAAAAUCCAAA